CCAUAGGGAGCGCGAGGGCUCAAAAUGGCCGCCAAUAGAGACAAAGGUCGGGGCGGGCAACGUUUCCUGGUUGAGGAAGGAAUGGAGCUGCUGGAGCCGGGUCCAGAGUGAAGGUCUGUGGGGUAAGAGCCGCCUGAUCCUUUCCCUUCCAAGACCUACCCCUUUGCAGCUAUGGAGACUCUCAUCCCUGUCAUCAACAAGCUGCAAGAGAUCUUCAACACAGUGGGAGCGGAGGUGAUCCAGCUGCCCCAGAUUGUAGUGGUUGGCUCCCAGAGUAGCGGGAAGAGUUCGGUGCUGGAGAGCAUUGUAGGCCGAGACUUCUUGCCACGGGGCUCUGGUGUUGUUACACGCCGACCCCUCAUUCUGCAGCUGGUGCAUGUUCCAACAAUGGAGGAGAGGAGGCGGACAGCUAGUGCAGAAAGCGGUGUCCAGGUCGAUGAGUGGGCCACCUUCCUUCAUUGCAAGCACAAGACAUUUACUGACUUCAGCGAGAUCAGGCAGGAGAUUGAGAUUGAGACUGAGCGGACGACUGGGACCAAUAAGGGAAUCAGCCCAGAGCCCCUGUACCUGAAGAUCUACUCCCCCUAUGUGCUGAACUUGACUCUUGUUGAUCUGCCAGGAAUCACCAAGGUGCCUGUUGGGGAUCAGCCCCCUGAUAUUGAGGUUCAGGUUCGAGAUAUGAUCCAGUCCUACAUCUCCAACCCAAAUUGCUUGAUCCUGGCUGUGACUGCUGCCAACACUGACAUGGCCACAUCAGAGGCUCUAAAACUUGCACGAGAUGUUGACCCUGACGGGCGAAGGACACUGGCUGUGGUCACCAAGCUGGACUUGAUGGAUGCUGGGACAGAUGCCAUGGAUGUGUUGAUGGGCCGAGUUAUUCCUGUCAAGCUGGGCAUCAUUGGGGUGGUCAACAGGAGCCAGCAUGAUAUCAACAGCAACAAGAGCAUCAGUGAGUCCUUGCAAGAUGAACAGGGUUUCUUGCAGAAGAAGUACCCAUCACUCGCCAAUAGAAAUGGCACACGCCACCUAGCCAAAACUCUCAAUAGGCUACUGAUGCACCACAUUCGGGACUGCCUGCCUGAGUUGAAGACCCGGGUGAAUGUACUGACAGCCCAGUACCAGUCUGUGCUGCAGAGCUACGGGCAGCCCAUUGAGGACAAGAAUGCCACUUUGCUUCAGAUCAUCACUAAAUUUGCCACUGAGUACUGCAACACCAUUGAGGGCACAGCACGCAACAUUGAGACCUCCGAGCUGUGUGGUGGUGCCCGGAUGUGCUACAUUUUCCAUGAGACCUUUGGUCGUACCCUGGAGUCCAUUGAUCCACUGGCUGGGCUUACCAUGCUGGAUAUCUUGACAGCCAUCAGAAAUGCCACAGGUCCCCGUCCAGCCCUCUUUGUCCCUGAAGUCUCCUUCGAGCUGCUGGUUAAACGUCAGAUCAAGCGGCUGGAAGAACCAAGCCUUCGCUGUGUGGAGUUAGUGCAUGAGGAGCUGCAGCGCAUCAUUCAGCACUGCUCCACCUACAACACACAGGAGCUGCUGCGUUUUCCCAAGUUGCACGAGGCCAUUGUGGAGGUGGUGACAGGGGUUCUUCGCCGGAGGCUACCCAUCACCAAUGAAAUGGUGCACAACCUAGUUGCAAUUGAGCUGGCCUACAUUAAUACCAAGCACCCAGAUUUCAUUGACACAGCACUGGUCUCUGCCUCAGUGAGCAGUUCUAAGAGUGAACCUGUUUCAGAUGGGACCCGGCGAUGGAAAAGUGAAAAAGCUGAAGAACCCAACACUGAUGACAGGCCUAAGGGCUCCUCCCAAACUUCAAUCUAUUCCAGCCCCAGUCGGUCCCACGCAGUCAACCUGCUAGACACGCCCAUGCCUGCUACACGGAAACUGAGCCAACGGGAACAGCGAGACUGUGAGGUCAUCCGACGCCUUAUCAAGUCUUACUUCCUUAUUGUGCGUAAAAGCAUCCAGGACAGUGUUCCCAAAACAGUGAUGCAUUUCCUAGUGAACUAUGUGAAGGACCACCUUCAGAGUGAACUGGUAGGCCAGCUAUACAAGCCCCAGCUCCUAGACACACUCCUUACAGAGUCAGAGGAUAUGGCUCAGCAACGCAACGAAGCCGCCAAUAUGCUCAAGGCACUUCAAAAAGCCAGCCAAACCAUCUCAGAGAUUCGUGAGACGCAGCUCUGGUAAGCUGCAUCCAGAGCUCUGGGAAAGCCCCGCAUCACUGACUACCACUUGUCCAGAGCCACGCACUCAUUCAUUCAUUUCUACAGCACACCAAAGGUCUUUGGAGCUGUUUCCAAACAGGAGGGCCACAUGUGUGGUCUGGGCUAUCUCUGAUUUCAUCAUAAGAGACAAAAAAGCGUGUCUAUAUUUAACUCUCUGGGCCUGACCUCUGGGAAGUACUUUGAUGUCACCAUUCCUGGACUGAACAGAAACCAAGCCGCCUUCUACUGCCUCAUCCACUUCCCUUGCAUUUCCAGGCUUGCUAGUCCAUCAGUAUUAAAUGACGGUUUUGUCCAGUUUGAAUUCCCUUUCUCCACAGUUGUAUCUGGUCCAUUUUUUAUCCAGGGCAACUCUCCUGCAAAUCUUCGUGCAUUCAGUAAAAAUCUGGAGUGAGGAUGUUUUGUCCAUAUAUGUGUAUGUCUGCCAAGCACUAGGAACAGACACUUAUGUUGACGUGGACCUGGAAUAUAUUGGCAGUGUUACUGUUCCAAGAGUGGAGGAGGAUGCACUGGCUAAGUAAGACAAAUGGAAACCUUUGGAUUUGGUAAAACCUGUCUGGAUGGGGGAAAUCCACUCUGUGUCAGAGCAGGAGCUGCUAAUGCCAGAACGUGCUCACCUUGAAGCAUAUCCCCACUCUCACCCUUUUCAUCCAAGUGUCAUGUGCAAUAGUGCCACGUAUUUGGAGCUGCCACUCAUCCAGGAAAGCAGUGGGCAAUUGGGACAGAGUCUGAACAGUCCUCAAGUUUGCAUGCACCUCUGAGCCAUGCAGGACCCACAUUGGGCCUGCACAUUUCAUGAAAUAUAAUUGUGGAAGGUUAUUGA